AUGGUCCGUGUUCUGAUUUCAAGUGAUGGGCGAGUACUUGACCCGGAGAUCAAGCAAGAAGACACAUGUCUGAAGAAUGGCAUGCUGGCAGAAAGUGAUGAAACGACACCAACGCAUCCGUGGACCUUCAUUCCUGUCUCGCGGGGAAAGGAGGAAACCAAACGGCAAGUGAUAGCCAAGCAGGAAGCCGAAUCCAUGCCUGAGAAAAGAAAGGUACCGCAGCUGCGGGCGACGCAAGAAGCAGCAGCGCGGGAGGAAGAGGCAGAGAAAGCGAGGAUGGAACGAGUUUGGCAAGAGCGCCACGAAGCUCUAGUCAGGCAGCGGUUGGCAGAUCGAGAGAUAAUCCAGCAACAAGAACGCCUGUUGCGCCAGGCACGGGAGGAAGUGACGGAGAGGGACAGACGUCACCGGGAGGAGCUCGACCGAUUGUACUCCAAGCUAGAUGCUCUGCAGAUUGGCUCGUCCAAGCUAGUGGGAGAUGAUCUGAUCGUGAAUCAGAUGCGCCGGCUGAAUCAACUCCUGGACAACUGGGUCAACUUCAACUUCAAAGAUCGACGGGCCUGGGUUCAUGCCACUGUCGCCAAUCUCAUCCAUGCUGAGAUAUUCAAACCCUACCACUUCGGGUUGCCUGACGACCCUCUUGGUGAUUUUCUGUCUAAGAUAGAACGCAACGUCCGAGGCAACUGUUCAGAGAACGAGCUCGAUGUCUGGAGGGUGGCUACGAGCGUGGCAAUCCAGGCGAGCUCAAAUCGUCGGUCCGAGCUUGUGAUCCGCAGCGUCGUCCAAGGCGCUGAAAGAAUACUCCGGGAUUUUUCUUCCACUCAGGAAGUAUCAAGGCAGGGCCAGCUUCGAGGACUGCUGUGGAAAUGUGCGACUCUCAAGCUUGCUUUGAGCCGGCAGAAACAACGGUUCUUCUUCUGCUGUAGUCCAUUGGGAGUGAUGUUUGACCCGCAGUCUAUGAUUCUUGGUGGAGGCGACGGGCAACCAGCCUCUAUAGUUCGAUGGUCUCUGUGGCCGGCAAUUGUGAAGACGGUUGACCAGCGCGGUUGUGUUUUGGAGCCAGAAUUAGUCUGGACAAUGGAGUCAUGA